AUGUCUCUAGGUAAGCCUCUAUCUCUCAAAGUCAACGCCGCUCUAUUCGACGUCGACGGAACGAUCAUCAUCUCCCAGCCAGCCAUUGCUGCUUUCUGGAGAGACUUCGGUAAGGACAAGCCAUACUUCGACGCCGAGCAUGUCAUCCACGAGUCGCACGGCUGGAGAACUUACGAUGCUAUCGCCAAGUUCGCUCCAGACUUCGCCGACGAGGACUACGCUACCCAGCUCGAAGCUGAAAUCCCAGAAAAAUACGGUGAACACUCCAUCGAGGUUCCAGGUGCCGUCAAGCUUUGCAAGGACCUAAACGCUUUGCCAAAGGAGAAAUGGGCCGUUGCCACCUCUGGUACUCGCCCAAUGGCCUCCAAGUGGUUCGAACUCUUGGGAAUUGCCAAGCCAGAAUACUUCAUUACUGCCAACGAUGUCAAACAAGGUAAGCCAUUCCCAGAGCCUUACCUCAAGGGUAGAAACGGUCUAGGUUUCCCAAUCAACGAGAAGGACCCAUCCAAGUCCAAGGUCAUUGUCUUCGAAGACGCCCCAGCCGGUAUUGCUGCUGGUAAGGCCGCCGGCUGUAAGAUUGUCGGUAUUGCCACCACUUUCGACCUUGACUUCCUAAAGGAAAAGGGUUGCGACAUCAUCGUCAAGAACCACGAAUCCAUCAGACUAGGUGAAUACAACGCUAAGACCGACGAGGUCGAGUUCAUCUUCGACGACUACUUGUACGCCAAGGACGACUUGUUGCAAUGGUAA